AAAAUGUUAACAUUCACUUCUUCACUAUUAUUGUUAUUAUUCCUUCUGAAUAAUCAUUGUGAUGCAUCUGAUUAUUAUUCCUAUUCGUAUUCUUAUUCAAGUUAUCAAAGAAAAUAUUUUGACCCAGCUGUUGCAACUUUUACAAAACGACCAACUGUUGGUGAAGUUUGGUUUACGCCACAAGGUGAUAAAAUGUAUCUGAAUGGAAGUGUUGCUGGACUUCCACCGAGACACAUACUUGGUGUACAUAUUCAUCAAUUUGGUGGACUAGGUGAUAUGUGUCUAGAAGCUGGACCUCAUUUCAAUCCAUUCCAACAAGUUCAUGGAUCACUUGAUGGCUAUCCAAGACAUGCUGGUGAUUUAGGCAAUAUACCAGUUGGCCGAAAUGGUGUAAUGAUAUUUAAUCUUGUUGUCACUUUGGAAGGACUACUGAAAUAUGAUGGAUUUAUUGGUCGAGCUCUAGUUAUCCAUGCAAAAACAGAUGAUCUUGGUAAAAAAGGAGAUGAAGGAAGUCGAACAACUGGUAAUUCAGGUCCUAGAUUAGCUUGUGCUACAAUAGGAUUUCGUGCUACCUAA